UUUCGCAAAGGAUCUCUUUAUUUGUGGAAAUGGGUUUCUCCACACCUCCCUGUCAGCCUCACAUGCUAAAAAAAAAGCACAGACACACACGGCCGCUGUUGCUUCUCCAGCAGAAGUUCAGCGAUCACCUGUGGGACUGUAGGCGAGGACAGGUAACGAAUGUCCAGGUGACUCUCUCUCACACUCUCUACGCUCUUGCUGGAUUCACAAUCCUCUCUACUCGUCUGGGAUGAGUUUCUGGAGACGAAACAAGAAGAAUGACGACCAAAAGAAUCAACUCAAAACUGAAGAGUCACUGGACAGCCCCACAUCUCCAUCCCAGUCACCUAUUAUAGAGAAAGAUGGUUUGGACUCUGUCAUCUCUGAUUACGGGUCAGAAAAGCCUGACCUGUCCGCGGAUCUUCAAGACUGCAUGGCUGCACUGGACCUGUUCCUGCAAAAUCAAUUUGACGAGUCUCUGAGCAGACUACGAAGCAGGAAUAAAGACAGCAUGUAUCACGCGCUCACGUAUGCCACUAUACUGGAAAUGCAGGCCAUGAUGACCUUCAACCCGGAGGACAUAUUUGCUGCAGGAAACACAAUGAAGGAGGCACAGGCUGUGUGUCAACGAUACCGCAAAAAGUCUUCAUUCAACAGCAAAAACUUCACCGAAGAGGAGCUUCAUGCUGAAGUGUGCUAUGCCGAAUGCCUCCUCCAGAGAGCAGCACUCACUUUCCUUCAGGAUGAAAAUAUGAUCAGCUUCAUAAAGGGAGGAAUGAAAGUGAGAAACAGCUAUCAAAUAUACAAGGAGCUUCAUACGAUCCUGAAAUCUUCAGGUUAUGUUCAAGGUGACAAUCAUGGUCAUUUUGAGGGAGGUGUUAAACUCGGCAUCGGGGCCUUUAACCUGAUGCUGUCGUUGUUGCCAACGCGGACUCUCAGAUUGUUGGAAUUUGUGGGCUUUUCUGGUAACAAAGAGUUUGGUCUUGAGCAGCUCCAGGAGGGCUGUUCUGAGCACACGUUUAGGUCUUUCCUGUGUAACAUGUUGUUGCUCUGCUACCACACCUUCAUGAGCUUCAUUCUGGGCACUGGAGAGGGGGAUGUGGAAGAUGCAGAAAAACUGCUUCAGCCUUAUCUGAAAAAGUAUCCGAAGGGAUCCAUUUUCCUGUUCUUCGCUGGUCGAAUAGAGGAAAUUAAAGGAAAUCUGGAUGCUGCUAUCAAGCGUUUUGAGGAGUGUUGUGAAGCUCAGCAGGACUGGAAACAGUUCCAUCACAUGUGUUACUGGGAGCUGAUGUGGUGCUUCACCUACAAAAGGCACUGGAAGAUGGCCUACUUCUACGCAGACCUGCUCAGUAAAGAAAACAACUGGUCUAAGGCCACAUAUGCGUAUAUGAAAGGUGCUUACCUCAGCAUGCUGAGUCGAGAGGAAUGCCAGCCGUUCGGGGAGAAUGAAGUGGCUUUGUUUAGGCAAGUUCCCAGUCUAAAGCAAAAAAUUGCUGGGAAAUCGCUGCCCACAGAGAAGUUUGCUAUUAGAAAAGCCAGACGCUAUAAUACUGAUAAUGUCAUUCCUCUUCCUGCACCUCCACUGGAGAUGAUGUAUAUCUGGAACGGCUACACUGUGAUCGGGAAGCACAAGGACCUGACAGAGGGCAUGCUGAAGACAUUGGAUGAGGCCCAGCAGACGCUUGAGCAAACUCCAAGGACUGAGUUCACCACAGAUGACCAGUGUGUGGUUAGUUUGCUGAAGGGCCUCUGUCUCAAACACUUGGGUUACAAGGAGGAAGCAGAACAUUACUUCACCCUCGUCCUCUGCAAUGAGAGUCUGAUUAAAUAUGACCACUACCUGGUGCCCAAUGCAUUGCUGGAACAUGGGUUACUGUGCUUGGAGGAGGGGAGAAUAGAUGAAGCCAUCAAACUUCUGGAGGCCGCAAAACAAAACUACAAGAACUACUCCAUGGAAUCCCGAACACACUUCCGGAUUCAGGCAGCUCUACAUAAGGCCCGAGGCACAGCUGUGAACGGAUACCAUUCCUCACCUUCCAGCCCUUAACACUUAGGGUUUCCGCUGGGUCACAGCAACUAAGAUCAGGCUUGACAUGGGUUGCCAAAUGCCCUGAGAGGGACUAACAGAGUACAUGACCCAAACCGAGCUUAUAGUGACGUCUCCUUGAUUAAAUAACGCAUACAGAGAUUUUUACUGUACAUGGACAACAGCUGCAUGAAUAUGUCACGUCAAGUGCCAUGCAAUUUAGCCAAGACCCAGAAAUGACAUCAUGCUGUUGUGAUGUCAUGAAAAUAACAUCAUGCUUUUAGAAUAUUGUACUUGUGUUGUUAAUAGGGAGGAUGACGAUAAUGAUAUGAAACACAAUGUUAGGAGUGUAACAGUAUGCAUAUUCAUUCAUUCAUUUCUUUUCCUUAAGCUUAGUCUCUAUUUUAGAGAUUGCCACAGCGGAAUGAACCGCCAACUAUUCCGGCAUAUGUUUUACGCAGCGGAUGCCCUUCCAACCGCAACACAGUACUGGGAAACACCCAUACACACUCAUUCACACACAUUUAUACACUACAGCCAAUUGAGUUUAUUCAGUUCACCUAUGCCACAUGUCUGUGGAUUGUGGGGGCAACUGCAGCAGCUGGAGGAAACCCACGUUGACACGGAGAGAACAUGCAAACUCCUCACAAAAAUGCUUACUGUUUCAGAUGGGACUUGAACCAGCGACUUUCUUGCUGUGAGGCAACAGUGCUAACCACUGAGCCACCGUGCUGCCAUGCAUAUUCAUAGUGAACAAAUUUAGUUAUGGGUCUUUUGGUUCAGAAUGCAUAAGAACUGAACAAAUACAGUGUUGUUUUAACCAUAGUACAUGAUAAACUUUUAGUUUUAUAUUAAUCAGUUAUGGGUUCAUUCUGCUGUGGCGACCCCUGAUAAAUAAGUGACUAAGCCAAAAGAAAAUGAAAGAAGGAAUGAACCAGUAAUGAUUCUUAUAUACUAUAAAUGAUCUUUUAGUGUCAAGUUGUAAAGUAAAGUUGGCUUUAUUGUCAUUUCAGCAAUAUACAGUGGAGUACACAGUGAAA